UGCAGCAUCUCGUCAUCGUCAUCAUCGGAGUUUUCGGAGCACGAACAAAAUUUACGAUUCGUAAAUAUACUCUCACGCCUACGCUUUACUUGCAUUGUUUAUAUAUAAGUACAUUUACAUAUACGAGCAAAGAUACGAUCUUCUGUAUAUCCUGUAUAUAAGAAGUGGUCGCUGAAAGCGACAUACACGCACGUACAGGUGAGUGUGAGUGACUGUCCGAGAUUCAACAUUUCAAAAAAUGCCGAGUCAAGAGGUCGUCACGACAAAAGUCGUGGUCCAUCCGCUGGUAUUGCUCAGCGUAGUGGACCAUUUCAAUCGUAUGGGAAAGAUCGGUAAUCAGAAGAGAGUUGUCGGUGUGUUGCUGGGCAGUUGGCGGGCCAAGGGUGUCCUGGAUGUGUCCAACAGCUUUGCAGUGCCCUUUGAUGAGGAUGAUAAGGACAAAUCUGUGUGGUUCCUUGAUCAUGACUAUCUGGAAAACAUGUAUGGAAUGUUCAAAAAAGUCAAUGCUCGUGAAAAGGUAGUUGGCUGGUAUCACACAGGACCUAAACUGCAUCAGAAUGACGUUGCGAUCAACGAACUGAUCAGAAGGUACUGCCCUAACUCCGUACUUAUCAUCAUAGAUGCAAAACCAAAAGAUCUUGGUCUCCCCACAGAAGCCUAUCAGGCAGUCGAAGAGGUUCAUGAUGAUGGCUCACCAACAUCUAAAACGUUUGAACACAUCCCAAGUGAAAUUGGAGCAGAGGAAGCAGAGGAAGUAGGUGUUGAACACUUGCUCCGAGAUAUCAAAGAUACAACCGUUGGUACACUAAGUCAAAGAAUCACAAAUCAACUACUAGGUUUGAAAGGACUACAUGCACAAAUAGAAGAAAUCAAGAAUUAUCUUUUAAAGGUGGGAGAUGCUAAGUUACCAAUAAAUCAUCAAAUUGUCUACCAAUUGCAAGACAUAUUCAAUCUAUUGCCAGAUAUGACACAAAAUACAUUUGUCGAUUCAUUAUACGUGAAAACAAACGACCAAAUGUUAGUUGUAUAUUUGGCUGCAUUGGUAAGGUCUAUAAUUGCUCUUCACAAUUUGAUUAACAAUAAGUUAACGAAUCGUGAUGCAGAAAAAAAAGAAACAGACAAAAAGGAUGUCAAAAAAGAGGAAAAAAAGGAUGAAGAGAAGAAAGAUGAAAAGGAGAAAGCCAAAAAGUGAAGUGUGACGUGAAACGAUAUUUUAAAACAAACAAAAAAAAAUCAAUUUUUCAUAAGUUUUGCACUUCUCUAUGGACUACUAAUAAAAUUAACUGUGAAGACUUGUUGGAUGAAGGAUUAAUCCUCGUCGCAAUAUUUGUACAGAUAAAUAAAAAGAAAAUACUGACGUAUAAUAUUACGUAUUUAGCAAGACUAACAUGCAAGUAACAAAAAAAAAAAAACAUAUUUUUAAGUGGUAAAAGCGUUGUUCUUUGUGCUCUUCAGUAUAAGAGAUUGAUAUGUAUUUUAGAAUAAUUUGUUUCCUUUUUUUAAGUUGAUUUCAUUCAAUAUACAUAUUUAAAAUAAAA